AUGUCUGGAGAGAAGAAAGAAGGAGCUCCGAGUUCAUAUUUUAUAGGAAAGAAGGAGGACCUUAUUCAGGCUAAACGUAUCACCACCACAAUAGAUGGAAGAGAUAUACUUGUUGUCUUCCAUCAAGGCAUCUUCUAUGCCAUGGACCAAUAUUGUUACCAUGCUGGUGGACCACUAGUAAACGGAGAUAUUGAGGAAUUCAACAACAAGCUGUGCAUCGUUUGUCCAAAACAUAAGUACAAGAUCAGUAUAGCAGAAGGUGAAGGCAUAUACAAGGCCACCAAUCCACGUGAGAAAGUGCCCACAGCCAGAUGGUACUCCAAAGGGAUAAAGCAGAGAGUCCACAAGGUAUCUGAGGUGAAUGGAGACAUCUUUGUGACUUUAUCUGAAGUCCCUGGGUGGAUCGAGUCAGACUAUUAUCAGACAGAAAAAGGAAAAGAAGAGAUGAAGAAAAAUUUAGAGGAGCCAGAUGUUUUGGACGAUCCAGACUGUUGA